GGAAUUCUCCAAGGACCCCCGUGACAAACGUACCUGUCCUGUCAUGAUUUUGAGACUGAAAUCAUCUUUCUCCUCCCAGGACUCCUAGGUGUUCUAGUCUGAAGCCAUCCUUAUUCUCAAUGCCCCCUCUCAAGCCCUCACUCUCUGCCUGAAUUCUUCCUUCAUUCCUGGACCAGGGACAGUGGAAGACAGGAUGUCGGGAACUCCUUCAACAACUCCUAAGGCAGAGGGGAGCCAUGAGAGAUGGGCCGGGAAAUGUAAAGACCAGGUCAGGCAGGGGAAAAAAGGAGCUUUUUAGCACAGCAUCAUCUGAAAAUGCAAGACAAGAGAGGCCCUUGGUGGCAACAGCGGAGCGUGACUUCCAUCCUCAGGGCCAGCGCCUAACCACUGCUCUCCGUCCAUGUCUGCGAAACACCACUGGCCCUGAGAAUCCACUGCAGCUGAGAUCCUGCACCCCAGUGGCUGCACUCAAGCUGCCAACUGAAGCAGAGAGCACUCCCUGCACUGCAGGCUCAUGCCUGUGUGCCCUGCUGCCUCCAGGGGUGGCUGCCUUCCACCAGAGAAUGGACAACUGGCAUCCUGAGGACAUAGAAGUUAGUAGGGUUUGACUGCAGUCAGUGGCAAAUUCCAUGGAUGGAAAGGCAUUCCCAGCUCCACAAAGACAAGCAUAGUGAAGGCUGGAGUUUAGAUGAUUUGUUCCCCAGAAGGCUUUCAAUCAUUCAGCAUUCGUCCCUCAGUGCCAGGCACCCAGUCCAAUGCUGGGUACUGAGUGGUGAGCAAGACAUGCCUGAACUUACGGAGCUUCCUGUCUGGGCCUGAUCCAGGGAUGGCCUCCGCCUCCACCGCAACGGACAUUGCCAUCAUUGCAGGUGUGAUUGCGGCCGUGGCCAUCGUCCUAGCCUGCCUCCUGUUCGUCAUGCUGCACUACAUGUGCCGGCACAAGGGCACGUACCACACCAAUGAGGCCAAGGGCACAGAGUUUGCUGAGAGUGCGGACGCGGCCCUGCAGGGCGACCCUGCCCUCCAAGAUGCUGGUGACAGCAGCAGAAAGGAGUACUUUAUUUGAGGGGCAACAAACUUCACUUCCCCAAACGCCUUCUCCAGCUCCAUCAGGAAAAAUGCACCCCACUGUCCAGCAUCCCUACUGAUACCACCAGGCAGCCAGAGAGAGCACUUGCUCCUUCCCAAGAUACGCACCUGGGAACACUAGGUCCCUGCCCAGGAAGGAACAGAGGAGGACUCGGGCUUCAUCAGGCCUCGCCCAGGGACCCAGGGAGGCAGUGGCCACCUCAGAGGCCACCCUUUGCUCCACUGAGGUGGGAGAAAAUCUGGGCACACAGGGCCCCUGGGCAGUGCAGGACAACAUCAUGUCACUGGCAGGAAAGUCUUUGUUGAGGGUGAAGGGGUGCUGGGGUACCCAGGGGCUGGAGAGGCAAGGACAUAAGUCAUCUAUAUGCUGACUGGGGAUAAUGGCAUCAAAUGUCAGCCCUUGACAUUUGGGGGAAACAGCAGGUGCCAGAGCUGAAAGGUACCUUUGUCUCCCAUUGAUCCAGCUCAGAACGAUUGGAAAUAAAUUUGAAAUGUAACCGAGCA